AUGUACAUAUUCGAGAUGCAGGUCCCACCGGAGCUUGUCGCAAUCGUCCUCCAUCACCUGGUCUGCUCAGGGCCUCGCAAUGCUUGGUUGGCGCGAGGCACUUGCUCUGAUUAUGUAACCACCUUCCGUACUGUCAUCGAGCACGAUAUCGUUACGUACCAGACGAACGAUGUCCUCCGGCAGAGCGAGAAGAUCAUGGCUCACAUGAUGCCCCGCUACCUUGCCCAGCGCUCGAAGAGGCUACUCGACGUAGACAGCGCAUUGCCUACGCGCAUAAACAACAUGAUGGACUAUCUCUGCAGCGAGUUGCACAUCGUCACGAUAGAUCACAAAGAGGCUUGUCGAAGGGAACUGUGUAAAGGUCUUGUUAACAUCAUGGGCCACUACAGAGUGGCGAACAUACUAUGGGACAGAAUGAGCGGUCUCUUCGGCGGCUUCAGGUCUACGGCUCUCACCACUGGGGUCGAGCAAAACAUGCUACGUCAAGAUAGGCUCAUGGCUGCCAUGGUGGCGCGACAGUACCAUCUUGUGUAUGCUCAGGUUCCGCAAAACGUCGACGUCAGCUUCGAACUGGGCUGGGAGCCGCUAGUAUUGGCCGUCAGAACGAAAGAUGACAAGCUACUCCAAGCCAUACUCGAGGCGUUGGCAUUGGCUGGGAAUUGCCCCAGUGCCGCUUGGGCCAAUUUCUCGGCAGCGGAAGCAGCUGGGAUCGCUUUAGACAAGCGCAACAUUGCGCAUGCUUUGGCCAUCAUUGACGGGAUCCAAUAUUCGGGCAUUGCUUUAACCGAAACUACUUGCAAUCGGUGGCUUGAAGUAGCUAUGGAGAUCGGGGUACCCUGUCUGGUGCAAGCAACACUGCGUGUUCGGUCACCCACGCACGCGAAGAUUAAGCCAAAAUUAUUCGAGGCAACCUGCAAAGCCAAAGAAUAUAAGGUUGCUGUUCUCCUACUAGAUCACAUGGACCUCAGCGUAGGCGGUCUGAACACCUUACCUCUGCAUGUAGCUGUGCGAGCACAAAACCUGGACCUCAUCGCGGCAGUGUUGGACGCCGGUGCGGACGUCAAUCAACGCGUCUAUCAAACUGGUGGCCCAAAGAUGCAGAAGGACCGCAAGUACACGUGUCCGGUGGAGGUGGCUAUGAGAUGUGGUACCCCCGGGCUCAAACUGCUCCUCGAACGAGGUGCCACGAUUCCCCCCCUCCGGAGAUGGUUCAAAGAGCGAAGAGCAUACAACCUUUUGCGCGAUGAAUCUUUUGUCAGGAAAGAGAGGAAGCGCUUCCCUUCAUACCCAGACUUUCAGCGCAUGACUGUCAUUGAAGCGGAUUCCUACUGA